AGUGGAGGCAGCGGCACACAGGAGGCUUUCUGAGUUUAUGGUGUUAUGAACGCCUCACCAAAAGGCCCCUCGUCCUGAAUGAACCUCAAAUAAAGGUGGGUCACACGUGGAACUAUGGAGAGGUUCUCCUGCCGCUGCGUUGCCUGGAUUCUCCUGAGUGGAAGCUGUUAUCUGUUGGUUCUUUGUCAACAUGAGACUCAGAGCAACUUCACCUUCAGCAACUUGGCAUUGCCGCAACUCCAAAGAGACCGACGGGAGUAUCGACAGGCGAUCUGGGGCCUUCAGACCAGAACUCUGAUCCAGAACUCCAAAGGACUCAAUAACGCCUCCGUUCCUCUAUUGCAGCAGGGACUUUGGAAAAUCCUUGCAGCUAACGCCAACCCGUCUGUGAAGAUAAAGCUUCAGCCCAUCAUGAAGGUUCAAGGAUUAUCGAAAUUGUCGAGGUUGUUCAGCUGGGGAGAUUUUUAUUCUAACAUCAAAACAGUCAAGCUGAAUUUGCUGAUAAUGGGGAAGAUCGUGGACCACGGCAACGGCUCUCUGGGCGUCUACUUCCGUCACAACUCCACGGGCGUUGGCAACGUGUCCGUCAGCCUCGUCCCACCAAUGAAAGAGGUGGAGUUCGACCUGGAGCGCCAGAGCGUGGUCCAUCCCAAGGAGUCGAAGACGUUCAACUGCAGGGUGGACUACGAGAAGACCGAACGCACCAAGAAGGUGAUGUUGUGCAACUACGAUCCGUCGAAGACGUGCGACCAAGAGCAAACCCAGAGCCACAUCACCUGGAUGUGCUCCAAACCUUUCCAGGUCAUCUGCGUCUACAUGUCCUUCUACAGCACGGACUACAGGCUGGUCCAGAAAGUCUGUCCGGACUACAGCUCCCAGAGCCCCGCCUACCUGCCCGCCGGGUAAACACGGGUUCAGGUGAGGACGACGAAGCACGACAGCUUCAUUAAUCCACAGAGGAAUGCAGUUGGACUUUAAAAGGGAUUCGAAACUUUCUCCUACAAUCUGUUUGAGCAAACAUUGUGAAAUACAUGUUUAGAUGAUGUUGCCUGUAGAUAACUAAAGGAUUGUAGCUGAUAUUAUUUUUAGGUAAUGUGUAUAAAAAAAAAAGGUGACCAAUCUGACGAUUAGGUAAUGGACUGACUGGAAUUACAACAUUUUA